GUUUUCAUUCAGUGAGCUGCGGUAAACAGCAGGCGACGGUUGAUCAACAUUAUUAAAGUCAGACAUAUUGUUCGUUCCUCCAAAUUUAUAGUUUAUGUUUCUAGAAGCCGCACGAUGACCGAGAAUGUCAGCAACAAGAGCCAGCUUAUAUAUGAUGACCUAGACGAAGAUGAGACUGCGGCCGCCACUCAAGUCAACAUAUCCAGUCAGCUGGCCAAGAAAAUAUGGGGGGUAACACCCAAAGACAUUUCCCUGGGUCUCGUGGAGGCGCCUGAGGAAGCUGUGCCCAAUUUUCCAAGUGGAUGCGGAUCAGGAACGGGUUGUGAAAUGGGAUCUGCCAGCAAUCCAGCGGCCAGCGACAGUGCCAGGAAGCCAGCGGCCAUCGACAGUGCCAGUAUUUACGUAACCGAGGUGGAGCGCGUUGUCUACGGAGAUACCAUCGGCUACCCGGAAAACGGCACUCAUAACUACUUCAAGGCCGCCGAGAACUACUCCCUGUUCGGGGAGAGCUUCCUCGACUUUCCCAAGGACACCGCCAGCUGCCUUGCGGGCCUGAAACCGAUGGUGAGUCAAGCUUGGACUUCCCACCCGGGAUACGAACGAUCCACCAGGUCGGUGCCUCUAUAUGAAAGAAGACAAGCUUUUCCGGAACAUGAAGGCGCUGCCUCCAACUUGCCGGGGGUCGGCUUUCAGCAGCAACAAAGACAGAACCCUCAGCAUCAGCAGCAACAUCAGCAGCAGCAACAUCAUCAGCAUCAACAGCAGAAACAGCAGCAGCAGCAACAUAAACAGCAACAACAUCAACAGCAGCAGCCACAACGUCAACUUGGCACCGAAAACCAAAGUCGCAACUCCGUUAAAAAUUUCAAUGAGAUACCAUUUCCCCAGUUUUACCAUCAGAUGCGACACCAAGCGCCGCCGCAGCCGCAGCUGAAUACGCCACGCAGCCACCAGCAUAUCCACGUGCCACAAAAGCAGCAGCAGGUGGCACCACUGCAAUCACCGCAACAGCAGCAGCAGCAGCAGUAUCAGCAGCAGCUUCAUCGUCCCAGUGUCGGGGAUCUAGCUGCAUUGUCCAACGCCAAUCCCAAGGAAUUUGCUCUGCUGUACCAACAAUUGAUCGCUCGGAAUCUGCGUCAAACUUCGCAACACAACCAGCAACACUCGCAACAGGCUGCCCCGCAGCAGAAUACUAACAGUGCUGCUGCAGCUGCAGCCAUGAUCUACAAGAACCUGGAGUUUCAGCAGCAAGUGCAGCUGCGACAGUUGCAACAGCUGCAUCAGCAACAGACUCGCAUGCCACGUGGCAUUUAUGGGGGCAACGGUGGUCAGCAAACCGCACAAAAUGGAAAGGAACCGCAAGUAGGAACCCACAAGUAACCGAAUAGCUCACAGGUCAGAUUUCUUACUGUCCAAUCGGUCGACAUUAACGCCCAUUAACAAUUCAACACAAUUAUUCCAACUUUCAAUGUAACUCCAACUUUUACAAUGUAAUUGAAUUUUGUUCUGUCAUUGAUUGAUAAUUGAUAAUAACAUUUCUUUACCAAAUUA